GGCGGGACUUAAUGGAAAAUCAGAGAAGGCGGUGCAUUGCAAAGUGCAAACGGAAACAGUUUGAGAUUGUAUUCAGAAUUAUUCAGUCUCGGUGCGUUUAUUUAAUUGUUAUAGUGUAAGAUGCGGAAGAAUAAAGCGAUUAUUGUUUUAUUAUCUUACAGUUUGCUGGUGUUUCGUGCCGCACACGGAGCUCUCACGGGUUUUUCUGAGGAGAUUCACAGCCCCAGCGGACCGACACCUCAGCUGCUCAUUCAGCUGCUCAACCGCAGCGAGCUCACUGAUGCAGAUUAUUUACAGGCCGGGAUCAAUUUGCAAUCCUCGUUGAAGCGCCAGAGUUUACUCAACUCGUACUCAAAGGGUUUGAAGCACGCAGCUGUAUACGGAGUGAAUCAGUUCUCCAUCCUCUCGCCGCAGCAGUUUAAAGAUGUUUAUCUCCGAGCUCAUCCAGAGAAAGUGCCCAGGUACAGGUUUUUCCAACACAGCCGCUUCAGAGCAUCUCCUUAUCCUCAGAAGUUCGACUGGAGGGAUCAUGGAGCUGUUGGUCCUGUUCACAAUCAGAAAUCGUGCGGAGGAUGCUGGGCGUUCAGCGUGGUUGCCGCCAUCGAGGCGGUGCGAGUGAAAGACGGAGGAAAGUUUGAGGAGCUCAGCGUUCAGCAGGUGAUAGACUGCGCGUAUAAAAGUCAGGGCUGUAACAGGGGAUCGACAGUUACCACGCUGGCUUGGCUAAAACAGAGCAGAGAGAAGCUGGUGAACAAGAAGGAGUAUCCGUAUAAAGAGGAGACCGGAGUGUGUCAGAUUUUCCCUCAGAGUCACGGCGGCGUGUUGGUGAAGAACUACACUGCCUCCAGCUUCAGUGGACAGGAGGACGAGAUGAGCAGGAAGUUGGUGGACUGGGGGCCGUUGGUGGUGAUAGUAGACGCAGUGAGCUGGCAGGAUUAUCAGGGAGGAAUCAUUCAGCACCACUGUUCUCCUGAACACGCUAAUCACGCUGUGCUGAUCACCGGCUACGACACGACAGGUGAGGUGCCGUUUUGGAUUGUGCGUAAUUCAUGGGGAACGUCGUGGGGUGAUGAGGGAUACGUCUACAUUAAAAUGGGAGAAAACCUGUGCGGCGUGGCCGACAGCGUGGCUGCUGUGUUUCUCUGAUUCUGUCUGAUUUUCAGGAAGGAUCUCAAUUUUCUCUUCAUUCAGAGACAAAAUGUUUUCAAUUAUUUUACGAUUUGUGAGUUAAAAGAAAAAAAGAGGAAUUAUAUUUUUGUGAAAUGUUUUAUUUUCGUGUAUAAAAUAUGCAGAAUGUGUUUUUUCGUUUGUUUUUUUCUUCUCAGCACACUUUUUUUAAUAAACUAAUUUUGGUGUUUGUAUUUACACACUGUAAGCUUUAUUACAGACAGUAAUGUAGUAAUUUAGCCGUUGGGUCGCAGAAAUGUUUGAGAUUAUAUUAAUAGUACACACUCGAACACACUCAGCAGGACACAGCGCCGAUCCGGAGAGACCGAAUUGUUCAAUA